UAAGCUACAGUUUUAUACUCAACGGUAGACUUUCUGUUUGAUCCCAAAAGCCAGAUUUGGUUUCUUGUAUCUUCCAUCGUUGGUGCACCAGGUCUGCGAAUAUCAACAAACAAUACAAAGGUUGUUUGUUGACAGGCGACAUGCUGCUGUGGGCCUUUGAGGUGGCGCUGUGUGUGCUGGGGCCCUACUUGACGGCCACGGGCAUCAUCCGGUUGGCCUCUGCAACGCCGUCUGCUGCCUUUCGCAUCUUCGACGACAAAGGCUUCCCGUCUGUGACUCCCUAUGUGAUCUGUACCACCGUGGGGAUAUUUUUCAUCGUCUGCGGCGUCGUCAUACACUUAGUGUACGUAAGAAAUGGAGAAUUAAGGCCAGAGCUUGCCAUGGGUACCUUCACGAUCAUGGCGGUGGGUCUCUUCUUUACGGCUUACGGCAUCUUCUUGCUGGCUUUGGAGAAUGAUCCUACUAUAAUCGACGCGUACCGCGCGUUCUUCAGUGUGUUGUUCGUACUUCUUUGGCUUGCAGUACACUCUACUACAGGUGACCUGGUACCGAGGCCGUUGACGGUGACGUUGACCUUCCUGACGACCUGUGUGGCCGCCACAUGUGUCAUCCGGCUGGCGUGGGUGGUGGCGACCUCCACCCUCCGUCGCUGUGGCUCUGGCCUCGACGCCGUGUCGUUAGUGCUGGCCGACGUGUGGGACGCACUCUUAGGGGUGUUGUUCGCGGUGCUGGCGCUCGGCGUGCACUUUGGAACAGAUGACAACCAGCCGCGUGAAUUCACAGUGACGCUGAGCCUGAUAGGGGCCUGCCUCAUGGCCACAGGCAUCUACCAGCUGGCCUGUGACAUGGCGCCUGCGGUGACGCACGCGUACCGUGCGCUGUUCGGUGUGCUGCUCACAUUCAUCGGCCUCCUCUUGAUCGUGGUGCACGAUGCAGCUACGUAUUCUGGACCAUGGUGCCAAGCAGGGUUUCCCAGUACUGUGCAACAGAGUCCCACCUCACCAGAAUGGCAUUUUUUAAAUUGUUUCUCAAUUCACCGUACUGUUCAUAGUUAAUCUGAUCCUGUGAUAAACUUGCCUGUGAUGGAUACCUUAAUGUGGUAAAUGCAUUUUGAUUCCUUUCA